GCGGGAUGUCGGCCGGCUGGCCGCAUGCAGACACGGACGCUUGCUGCAGGGCAUGUCUUGCUUGCACUGGCGGGAGUACUGCUGUGGAAGCUCAGCGUCGGAGGUUCUGACACGUCUUUCGUGGAAGGCGUCUCGAAUGUGGCCACCGGGCAGACAGGAAGAGAUGUGCAGGUUCAAAUGCAGUCGCUCAAGGUUCCCGUCGAGAUCAAGCAUAGGUUUGAGGGAACUACUCGGGCAAGGUAUUUGAAACGCUUAAGACACCGCCGAUGGUGUGCGCAAUUUGAGUAUCCUCGAACAUUUGGUUACGUUCUGAAGUGGAACGAUACGGCUGGAGAAGGUGUUGUGAUAGACCAGGAGAAGACGCAGAGGUACCUGGUCAUUCGUGACGAAAUUGGAGCCUCGUACCACGCGCACAAGACUCUCCAAGUGAUGGAGUUUGUGGAAUUCUUCCCGACUGAUGAGAUGGACGAGGUUUCCAACAUGCCCAUGGCAAAGAAUGUUACUGGCCCCCAUGGCAACUAUCUCAAGACCAGCAGGGACUAUCGUGAGAUGAUGCUGCGCAGUGGCACAUUUCCCAAGAGGUGGGAAGAUACCUAUGAUGAGUACGAAAAGAAGACUGGUGAAUGGUGGACUCAACCCAAGUGGCGUUGCGGCUUCGGCGUGAAGUGA